AGAAGAUGGUAACAUUUGAAAUACCAUAUUAACUACAAGCUAUGCAAAGUAAAAUCAUCUCAGCAUUAAUUCUGACUAAUACUUUAAGGUCUUCCUCUUUUAUCUUAUCAAGGUCUGCCGCUAACUUAUCAUUUAAAGUGCUGGGAACAACUUCUGCAGAUCCAGAAAAGACGCCUAUUAUGCUGUUACACGGUUUUUUAGGGAAUAAAAAGAUAUGGCAUUCUAUGGGGAAGGUAAUGAAGAAUACGAUGAAACGUUUAGUCGUGACUGUGGAUCUUAGAAACCACGGAGUUAGCCCGCACACCAAGUCACAUACCUACGAGAAGAUGGUGGGGGAUAUCCAACAAUUGUACAAGAAGCUCUCGAUUGACGAGGCCUUCUUGGUUGGUUACUGCAUGGGUGGUAUGACUGCGAUGUGCCUAUCUCUCUUAGCGCCAAAACUAGUGUCUGGUCUGGUCAUAGUAGAAGUGUCCCCAGCGUCUCCAUCACCUUUCUUCGUAAACAACUAUCCCGAAGUAUUGAAGGCUAUGAAAGCAGUAGACUUCAAACAUCCAAAAACCGUACGGAAAGCGAGAAAACGAGCAAAAGAACAGCUGAAGAAAAUCAUCACUGACGACAAUAUGAUGACUGGUGUGCUUUCAAAUAUUAAUCUAAGAGACGACAAUACUAUUGGAUGGACCUGUAACCUUGAAGUUCUGCAAAAGCAUUUUGACCACAUAAGCACGUUUCCGAAAAAAUUUAAAGGGAUGAAGUACCGCGGACCGACGUUGUUUAUCGGCGGCCAGACUUCUGAUGCAAUUCCCCCAGAUGACCUCACGAAGAUCCGGAUGAUGUUUCCCCAAGCCAUUGUCCACUAUGUGCCACAAAGCGGGCAUUUCGUCCACGUGGAUGACCCGAAGACCUUUAUGGAGCUAGUCAUGAACUUUGUAAGAGAAACUCAGACGGCAUGA